AUGGAGGCAAACACGUCAUCGCAACAUAUUAACAUACCGGAAAUGACUACUUCAGAAAGCCACGUGCCCACGGAUAUGAUGAUAACCAAUCGAAGCAACGGAACUACGCCAUGUUGGAACGAAUAUUGUUGGGACGAACCGACCUACUUUGAUCAUUUGUACGAACACAUUACUCCGGAAGACUUCGAAUGGGGUUUUAUAGUUCCUUAUUUCCUGACUUUCAUCGUGGGGCUGGUCGGAAACGCCCUGGUGUGCUUCGCCGUGUGGCGCAACCACAACAUGAGAACAGUAACCAAUGUGUUUAUCGUGAACUUGGCUGUGGGAGACUUCAUGGUGAUUCUGGUGUGUCUGCCGCCCACACUGAUCCAAGACGUUAUAGAGACCUGGUUUCUGGGCACCGCUUGCUGCAAGGUCGUGCUCUAUCUACAGACCACAGCAGUGUGUGUCUCUGUGCUGACCCUCAGCGCCAUCGCCGUGGAGCGCUGGUGGGCCAUCUGCUACCCCUUGAGAUUCAAGAGUACACUUCCCCGCGCCAGGAAGAUCAUCGUACUUAUCUGGGUGGUUGCCUUCCUUACUGCACUCCCCGAGGCGGUCGUGGCCAAGGCCAUUCCCUAUAACUUCCCCAACCGCAUCUCUACCAAGCUGCUGACCAUGUGCAAACCGUCCUGGGACCCGCUCAACCAGGGGAUCUACCAGAUCAUCCUGGCGCUCAUCUUCUACGUGCUGCCCAUGAUCCUGAUGGCUUUGACCUACUCACACAUCGCUUGCGUCCUGUGGAAGCGUGAUAUUCCCGGAGCUAUUGUCAACAUCAAAACUCCAGGACGGAAACCUAUGCUCGACAGCAACAGAAACUCCCAAGAAGAUCAGAUCGUGUCCAGGCGCAAAGCUGCUCGCAUGCUCAUCGCCAUCGUCAUCGUCUUCGGCGUUUGUUACCUGCCGGUUCACCUGAUGAACUUGCUCAGAUACUUCGAGGUGGUCAGUUAUGGAGGCAGUCGACGAGAGCUCUUCAUCCAGUCCAUGAUCAUCCACCUCUUGCCCUACAUCAACUCGUCCUUGAACCCGGUCAUUUACAACUUUAUGAGCGCCAAGUUCAGGAAAGAGUUCAAGACAGCGUGUCUCUGCUGCUUCUAUGGGAUCAGGAAACGUCCUUACCAGCCCCGCAGGGAGACCACCUUCACGAUGACCUUCUCCAACAGCAACUACAGCAACUGCCACACAGAAGAGGUCACCCUUGCCAGUAUUUGA